AUGGCAGUGCCCCGCUCAUCAACAGGAUGCGCGGUUUGUUCGGCGCAUCCUGCGUCGCACGCGGAGACAGCCGUCCGGCAUCCAAAACCGCUGAUAACUCCGUUGUCGCCUCUCUCUCUCUCUCUGCCUCGGUUUCAGGGGAACUGGACGAAAUUCCUGUAUGCACUCGGGAUACUGGUGGCGACGGCAACGCAACCUGUUCUGUGUCGACUCAGCAUAGACGGGAUGCCUUUGCCAAUGGCUUUUGAGUUGUCAACUAGCGUUGUGUACCUUUUCGAGGACUUGCCCACACGGACUCAGGGGCAGUUUGCGGCUGCCUGUAUCGUCACGUGUAUUUUGGGACUGGUGUGCGUGAUUCUUAAAGUUAUUCGGCGCUACGUGGAGAAAUGGCUCGUUUCGCAAGAGAACGCAGGCAGGACAAAGGUGAUUUUCGGCAGCUUUCCAGUGUAUGCAAAUGGCGUGCGAUUCCUCGUGGCUUUCGUCAACUACUCGUGGGAUUACAUGCUCAUGCUUCUGGCAAUGACCUUCAACGUCGGAAUUUUUAUCAGCCUCUUGCUGGGUAUCGCGCUCGGCUUUUUCCUUCUCGGAGAUCUCCUGAGUGUUCAGCUGGGGCCAACCAAGAAACCGUGGACUCCGUGUCAGUGUCCGAACCACCCGUGCUACAAGCAACAAGAAACAGGCGAAGGCACAAUAGUCCAGCGGAGCCCGCCGCCAGUGUAA